CUGUCCCUGACUGACUAAACUGACAGCUUCCACCCGAACUCCGGGCAAGAUUCGAAACGUCCGACGUAGCCUGUGCCUAUCACAGUGGAUAAUUUGAUCUGGCCGUCCACUCCACCUCGUCCUCCACGCGUCCCGUGAAGUGCUUGCGAAACAUGUCGGGACUGUGCCGCUAUUGCGCUGGAUGGUGAGCCAAGAGCAACGACGAGCGACACCGGUUUAUUGAUGCAGAAUUCGUAAUGGAUGGCCAUCAUGGCUAUGAUCCUGCGCGACAUUGGCAAGACAGAUCACCAUCCGCCAUCCCCUCCCGCUGCGCUGGCCCCUUCAUUGGAUUGCGCAUCGGUCAAUCCAUGCACCUCCUUCUUCUUCGUCUUCUUUUUUCUUCUUGGAUGAGUGGAUUGCAUGCAUACACGCAUGCACAUGCACUCCGCAUAUUGGGCGUUUAAUCCGGCUGCACUCUUCUGGUCCUAGCCCCCUCCCGGAUGUCCUGCCAGAUUGCAGCCUUGUUGAAAGGAGUCCAAAUUGGCUGCUGACUAAGGGGCCAUGUUGGUGUGCAGUGCCUGUCGCACCAUCGCCAUUGCUCGUGCUGUCCACCUGCAAAUAUCAAUGUAAAUAUAUCUUCCAC